AUGAGCUUCCUCGAUGUCCUCAACGACGAUGUCGUCGCAAUCAUCCUUACACUUCUAUCUCCCCCAGACGCGUCGCGGCUUGCGGUAGUUUCUCGUAAGGCCUACACGUACGCCAUGCCCCGUGUCCUCUCCGAAGUCGACUUGGGCUCUGUUGGUACCAUUGCCGCGCGGCUUCGGCAAGAGCUGCCUGUCGGAGCUGCGCAAAUGUUCUCAUUCUGUAGCUUCAUGCUUUCCGAUGCACCGCGUCGCCUGCCCUACCUCAAAAGUCUCACGAUCCGGCGCUGUGCAUUCCUCGGAUAUGUCCCGAUCCCCAAUGAGUCCGACUCUUUGGUCACCAUGCUCGUCGACAUCUUAAACGGCGCCACCAAUUUGGCAAAGCUGCUUGUCGAGGGUGCUCACAAGCUCGCCAAGGAGCCCCGUCUCCUCGACCUUAUGUCAAUACCAAGCUCGCCCAUCCAAGACAUCACUAUCACCGAGAUUCCAGCACGGGCGCUCGGAAACUUCACACUGCUGAGACCCCGGAAGGUCACCAUUCGCAAUAUUCAUCCUGACGAAGAGCGCGAGCUUCUCAGCCCGUUCAGCCAUAUUCCGCAGACUGUAGAACACCUCGUCAUACUCGAUCCCCAGGGCAUCCUAGACGUCUAUGGCUUCGGGGCUAGUUGGCCUUCCGUACAAAUCUUGAACAUCAUGUCGACCAUCCGAGCGUCUGUCCUUCCCGCCGCCUUCCCGAAUCUUCGCUCUCUUCAGCUGCGCUCUUCCGUGUUUCUCCCAGAGCAAGACUGCAUUUUGUCGGAUAACACAUGGCAAUCGCUGGACUACGUCAACACAGAUUCCACAUUCGCCAUCCCAUGUCACACCCGCUGGCUGGCGUUGGACAGCCACUAUUCUUGGCAAAGAAAUGACCUCCUACCUCUCCUUGCGAUGUCGUCCCCGGUCAUCCUAUCCUUCUGGCUCGACACCCCUCACAUCACCAUUUCCCUGAAACCGUUACUCCACAACCUGAAGUAUCUCCACGUAGGAUGGGAGAGCGAUAACUUCUACGGCAUGUCCCUGGCAGUCAGUGAGCAGAGAACUGGUGCUGCCUCAUGGCUGACAUCCCGGCUGCAGCCCUUCAACGGACUGUCCAUUCUUGGUGUGUCGGUCUACGUAAGCGUACUUCUAGGUGCGGACGCCCAAGACGCCGUGUUCUCAUUAGCAAGCGCCGUCUCUGCAUGCUUCUCAAGCGUGCAGUAUGUCGGCGUGCUGGUCGAUCGCUAUACGUGGUGCCCUUCCGGUCCAUCGAUGGCACCUGAGUUCAACUCUGCUGACGUAGAGCUGCCAUAUGUCUGGUUCCGUGUCGUUCCCUGCCUGGAAGACGGGCGCUCUCGACUAGAGCGGCUCACUGCGGUGGAAGGCAGGAAGGCGCACCGUCACCUCAUAGCCCAACCUUUGGAAUCGUAG